GUGCUGUCUGAUGAUGCGGGAGCAGAUCAGCUGGUCUGUUAGUAGUUUAGUUUACUGCUUCAGUUAGCUUGCUAAGCGCAUUGUUACGUGUUUUUCUCCAAACUUUCUGUCCCCCCGAACUAUCAAACAACGCAACGGCUCAUGUUAGCUCGGAGGCUAAACAUUCAGCUAGCUAGUGAUCCACCUGACAGCUUGGAGCACCCUGCUAGCCUUUCAAGAUUAGCAAAAUACACUGGAAAGAAGUAAGGUGAGGACCAGUGUCAUCCACCAUGGCAGGAGGAAUUACAGAGAGUGGGGAGCCCUACUCCCCAUUUGUGGGGCUGAUCUACAUGUUCAAUCUGAUCGUGGGAACAGGAGCUCUGACGAUGCCCAGAGCCUUCGCUACAGCUGGUUGGGUGGUUAGCAUAUCACUCAUCUCCUUUUUGGGAUUUAUGAGCUACAUGACCACCACGUUCGUGAUCGAGGCGAUGGCGUCCACCAACGCUCAGCUGCGCUGGAAGAGGAGAGAGCAGGAAGAGGUCCAGGACAGCGACUCCACCUCCGAGUAUUCGGACGAUGACGUCGUGGUCCGAGGCCGAUCGGCGCCGGAGACGAAGCCCAUCUUGUCUGUUCACCGAUCGAGGGGUCACGCAGAUCAUUUCGACAUCGUGGAGCGGGUUGAGAUGGGUCAAAUGGCCUCCAUGUUCUUCAACAAAGUCGGCGUCAACAUGUUCUACAUCUGCAUCAUCGUCUAUCUGUACGGAGACCUGGCCAUCUACGCAGCAGCUGUGCCGAUAUCGCUAAUGGAGGUCGCCUGUGGAAACCACUCCUGCAGCGCUGGAAGUGUGAAGUACAACGACACAGAUCCCUGCUGGGGUUCUGUGACCAGGAAAGAUGCAUACCGGGUGUUUCUGUGCGUCUUCACUCUUUUUAUGGGGCCUUUCACCUUCUUCAACGCCCAGAAGACCAAAUAUCUUCAGAUUCUCACCUCCCUCAUGCGCUGGAUCGCGUUCACCAUGAUGAUCAUCUUGGCUCUUAUCCGUAUUGGGAAAGGCGCCGGCGAGGGCCGCCCACCAGUCGCCUCCUUCUCUGGCGUGCCCAACCUGUUCGGGGUGUGCGUCUACUCCUUCAUGUGUCAACACUCACUGCCCUCCCUGGUGACGCCCAUCUCUGACAAGAAGCGUGUGGGCACCCUGGUGCUGGCGGACUACAUCCUGAUCCUCGGCUUCUACGUCCUCCUCUCAUUCACCGCCAUCUUCUGCUUUGACAGCUCGUUGCUACACGACAUGUACACGCUGAACUUCACGGACAACUGCAACGUGGUCAAUAUUCCGUUCCUGCGCUACUUCCUGGGUCUGUUCCCAGUUUUCACCAUCAGCACCAACUUCCCCAUCAUCGCCGUCACACUUCGCAACAACUGGAAAACCCUGUUCCACCGGGACGGAGGCACCUACCCGUGGGUGGUGGACCGCGUGGUGUUUCCGCUCAUUACCCUGGUUCCGCCAAUCGUGGUGGCCUUCUUCACCCACAACCUGGAGUCCCUGGUGGGCAUUACAGGAGCCUAUGCCGGCACUUGCGUCCAGUACAUUAUCCCGGCCUGCCUCGUGUAUUUCUCUCGACGCCACCUGGAGCCCGUGGUCGGCAGGGACGCCAUCAACAAGCACCGGUCUCCUUUCCGCCACGCCUUUUGGGUGUGGUUUGUUUUAGUGUGGGCCGCCUUCUGCAUCAUGUUCGUCACAGCCAACAUUAUCCUGACUGACAUAAAGAAAUGAACUCGCUGUUCCAAGUUGUAAUGUUUGGCCAGUCUUUGUUUCUGUACACGAGGCCUUACUUGCUGCUGGUUGGACAGUGUGCCUUUCUACGGGACUGGUUUGUGCUUAUAAUAGAUGUAAUUAAGAGUAAUUUAUGAAGUUUGUUAAAAGGGACCAAAUGUCAACUGUUCAUGUUCCAUCAAAGAAGCUGGAACAGUGCAUGACAACAAUAAAAGGGAAUUGGAAAGGGACAUUUAUUAAACGGAUGUUUGGUCAACAAACACUUGAUAGUUGGAGGUUUUAAUGAAGAUUUUAAGAACACUAAUUUUAAAGAAAUGUAUCUGAAGAGUUCUGUGGGUCGUAUGAAGAGUUCUGUGGGUCGUAUGAAGAGUUCUGUGGGUCGUAUGAAGAGUUCUGUGGGU